UCUCGCCUGUCUGCUUGCAGCAGGACGUGGAGACUCCCGCUUCAAGGUCAACACUCUUCCAAGAGGAAGAAUGGCCAGCAUCUUCUCGAAGUUGCUAACUGGCCGCAAUGCUCCUCUGCUACUCGCUACCUUGGGCACGAGCGCUCUGACCACUGGGUACCUGCUGAACCGGCACAACUUGUGCGCGGAGGCGCGAGAGCAGCACCGGCUCUUCCCUCCAAGUGCAGACUACCCUGACCUGCGCAAACACAACAACUGCAUGGCUGAGUGCCUCACCCCAACCAUCUAUGCCAAGCUCCGCAACAAGGUGACCCCCAAUGGCUACACUCUGGACCAGUGCAUCCAGACUGGAGUGGACAACCCCGGCCAUCCCUUCAUUAAGACAGUGGGCAUGGUGGCUGGUGAUGAAGAGUCCUAUGAGGUGUUUGCUGAACUUUUUGACCCCGUUAUCAAGCUGAGACACAACGGCUAUGACCCUAGGGUGAUGAAGCACCCCACAGACCUGGAUGCUUCCAAGGUCACCCACGGGAUGUUUGACGAGCGCUACGUGCUGUCCUCUCGGGUGCGCACGGGCCGCAGCAUCCGCGGGCUGAGCCUGCCGCCCGCCUGCACCCGUGCCGAGCGCAGAGAGGUGGAGAAUGUGGCCAUCACCGCCCUGGAGGGCCUCAAGGGGGACCUGGCCGGCCGCUACUACAAACUGUCUGAGAUGACCGAGCAGGACCAGCAACGGCUCAUCGACGAUCACUUUCUGUUUGACAAACCAGUGUCCCCUUUACUAACGUGUGCCGGGAUGGCCCGUGACUGGCCAGAUGCCAGGGGAAUCUGGCAUAAUUAUGACAAGACAUUUCUCAUCUGGAUAAAUGAGGAAGAUCACACCAGGGUAAUCUCUAUGGAAAAAGGAGGCAACAUGAAAAGAGUAUUUGAGCGAUUCUGUCGUGGACUAAAAGAAGUAGAGCGGUUAAUCCAGGCGCGAGGCUGGGAGUUCAUGUGGAACGAGCGCCUGGGUUACAUCCUGACGUGUCCUUCCAACCUUGGCACAGGAUUACGAGCUGGUGUCCACGUUAGAAUCCCAAAGCUCAGUAAGGACCCCCGUUUUUCUAAGAUCCUGGAGAACCUCCGACUGCAGAAGCGUGGCACUGGCGGCGUGGACACUGCGGCAGUGGCAGAUGUGUAUGACAUUUCCAAUAUCGACCGAAUUGGACGCUCAGAGGUCGAGCUUGUUCAGAUAGUCAUCGAUGGAGUCAAUUACCUGGUGGAUUGUGAGAAGAAGUUGGAGAGAGGCCAAGAUAUUAAGAUACCACCACCUCUGCCUCAAUUUAGCAGGAAGUGAACUUUCCCUUCCCUGAUCUGUCGGCUGGUAUGACAGACAUAAAGAAACCUCUAGACUGAGAGUUUUUAUAGACUGGAAAAAUUAAAAAGAUUGUAAAUCCUGUCUGAUGUUAUAAUAAAACUCUCCUUAUUAU